AUAAGAUCCUGUCAAAUUAAAUAGCAUUUGAAUCUGAUAUAUAAAUUGAAAAGAUUAGGCAAAAGUGCGCAAAACGGUUAUUUUCCCUCCGAAGCAAAAGAUUGAAAUCAAUGGCGGGUUCAGAGUUAGCACCACCAGCAGAAGAAACCGAAAACCACCUCUCUUCUCUCAUCUACGAUAUAUCAAAUGAAGCUCAAACUAUAAUGGAGAACAUGCUUAAGAUGAUCGCUGAGAUUAAUCAAAAUUCUGCAGUGAUUGAGGAGGAAAUAGAGAAAUGUAAAGGUUCUGCUAUGGAGAGGAAAAGCGCAUUAGAGGAAGAGAAAGAUCAUGUUCAAAAAGCUGCUUAUGCUGUUCUCGAUAUGCUAAACAGAGAUUAAAAAGCUCUAGGCAGGUUGCUUGGAAUUGCUUGAUGAUAAUGAACUCUUCACUCUUUAAAGUAAACACGACCUUCCCGUAUGACUUCUACCUCCGGUUGAUGCAAUGCAAUGUGUUUUGUUAUUGUUAUGCAUGUCUAUAAGAUACUUCCCAAUCUCCAUUGUACAGAAGUUAUAAUAAAUGCAAGAUUUCUCUAAUUUUA